AAGUUGCCAUGGAGAAAGGGAGGUGUGGCAUGCGGGUCGUAGAGAAACGAGAGAGGCAUGUUGGUGGACUAGCUUUGUAUAAGAGGAGCCCUUACGAAGCAGAAUCAUCCAAGUACCGAGAUCAGUAACCAAGAUUUAGACUGCAGGGACGGACAACAAGAUUCCACAUCAGCAGAACGAACAAUGCCUUCAGGAGGCCUUGUCAUUAUCUGCUGCAACGAGUCCGACGCACGCAUUGACCCUUCCCGUUACUUUAACCUCUCGGCCAACAAUACCUCUGUGAUCAAAACGCAAGGCGGCCGUACCGAAGGAGCCAUCAACUCCCUCUACUCCAUCGACCAUUCGUCACGCAUCGGCAUGAUUGUGGUUGUCCAGCACACCAGCUGUGCCUACGCAGCGGGCAACGUCGAUGCGAAUAUUCGCUCCGACGUUCAGGCACUGAAAAACUCGCCGUACGUCAGAAACGAUAUCCCAAUCAUCGGGUAUGUGCUCGACAUUGAGAGUGGCCAGCUGCGUGAGGUAAAUAUCCGCCGCGACGGCAAAGACGAAGAAGCACGCCAGCGAGUACUGGGCCAGCUGGAGGACUUUGGUCCGUUUUGGAGCUAGUUGCUUCUUACGGUCCCAGCGUGGUGUCGCGACGUUGGGUUGACAGGAGUUUGGUUUUGGCGCAAGAUACCAUGGUAUAGACUUAGAAAUUUUUCUUUCGUUUUGUCGUUAACGCUUAAUAUGACGUCUUGAUU